AUGCUCCCCCAAAUGGUCUAUGCCAGGACCAUUUGUGCCGAUGCUCGCUUCCAUCCAAUGGUAGUUCCCGACUGGAAUCCAACUGAAUACUCGCAACCGUACCAAGCCAUUCUAAUCCUCUCUCAUUUCAGAAUCCCAAUACCCGAACGAACGAAACGCGAGAGGAUGGUUGUGACUGCAGACCUAAACAUGCGGAAAGGCAUCAAAGUGGUGGUGAACCCGCCGCAGAAGUACUUUGACCAACUGCAGGAAUGGAUCACCGAGACGGAACGAUGGAACUACCGUCGCGCCGAGUACAAACUGUGGCUCGCCUCGUUCGAGAAGUUCUGGCUGUAUUUGGCGAUCGACGAGGAACACGACGAGGUGGUGAGCGCGGUCUCGCUGGCUCUUCAGCUCGACUCGCAGGGCAAGGAGCUCUACUCGAUCGGCAAUUACUACUGCGUGCCGGAAUGGAGGGGGAAGGGAAUCAGCAACAAACUGUUCGUACAGGUCAUGAAACAUGUGGGAAAGAAGAAUUGUACUCUUUUCGGAGGUUCGUACCUCGUGCUCCAGAACAUUCUAGAUCGUUCUUUUCAUUUCAGCCGUCGAAAUGUCGCCCCUUUACGCUACACGCUUUAACUUUUCCGUUAUGAACCAAUUCUGGCACAACUUUGCCGACAUGGAUGCCGCCGAUCUUGUCAUUCCAGCAAUUCCAAACGGGUUCACCUGCAAAGUAAUCAACCAUUUCUCAUAUUGUUUCCAUGUUCCAACCCUUCAGAAAAUCGAAGAAAAUGACUGGGAGAAACUGCACGAGUAUGACGAGACCAUUUGCGAUCUCGACCGCAGAAAGUACAUGAGAAUGAACCUCUCUCUCGUCGGAACCGUCGCCCGUCUUGUGCUCAACGAGUCCGGAAAGAUCGUCGGAUUCGGAGCCAUCAAAAUGGCCACCGGAAACGAGCUCAUUCUGGCGCCACUCUACGCCGAGUCGCUCGAAGCGGCCACCGCUCUCGUCGGCACCAUUCUGAAGGGAAUCCCGGCGCUCCGCACGUUCUCAAGUCUGAUUACAAUUUACCCGGACGCCAAUAACGAUGUGCCACGGUACGGAAAGUGUUGACAGAUUGAGGUGCAAAACAAUCAUUUUCAGUUUGUUAUCGUUAAUAACCAACAACAACUUCGAGACGCAUCAGGCGUACCGUCAUCAGUUCACCGAGCAGAUGAUGCAUUUCCCGCAAAACAAAAUCUACGGAACGGAUGAAGUCUCCCACAGUCCCUGCUAA